UUCACUUUUUUUUAUUUUCAGAAGUUCCACACAGACCUCCCUGCAACGCCAGUCUUCGCAUAUGGUACAUCAAGGGAUACCGCCACUGUUCCUGGUCCAACCAUCGAGGCCCUUCAUGGAGUUCACACCUACGUGACGUGGCGAAAUCACCUCCCUUCAAAGCAUAUCUUGCCUUGGGAUCCAACUAUUCCCAACGCUAUCACCACGGCCAAGAAGGGCGUUCCUACGGUGGUGCACCUCCAUGGUGGCAUCCAUGAGCCUGCAAGUGAUGGAAACUCCAACUCUUGGUUCACCGCUGGAUUUAAAGAAACAGGACCUAAGUGGACCAAGAAAAGAUAUCACUACAGCAACGUGCAACAGCCGGGAAACCUUUGGUAUCAUGAUCAUGCCAUUGGUUUGACUAGGGUCAACUUAUUGGCUGGCUUGAUCGGAGCCUACAUAAUCCGCCAUCCGCAUGUCGAGGACCCACUUGGACUCCCUCGUGGUCAUGCUUUUGAUCAACCAUUGAUCGUGUUUGAUCGUAGCUUUCGUGUUGACGGUUCUAUAUAUAUGAAUUCUACCGGUAAUAAUCCCUCAGUACACCCGCAGUGGCAGCCGGAAUAUUUUGGUGAUGCGAUUAUCGUAAAUGGAAAAGCAUGGCCGCAUGUGACUGUACGACGUCGUAAGUAUAGAUUUCGUAUUAUUAAUGCCAGCAAUGCUAGAUUCUUUAGAUUUUUCUUCAACAAUGGUUUGAGAUUCAUUCACGUGGGAUCUGACUCGGCUUAUAUCAAAAAACCAGUCCUGAGUAAUGAAACUCUUCUUGCCCCGUCAGAAAUUGCUGAUGUAGUUAUUGACUUUUCAAAGUCAAGAACAGAUACUGCUAUUCUUGGUAAUAAUGCACCGUAUCCUUUCCCAUCUGGUGAUCCGGUGAAUGAAGCUAAUAGUAUGAUUAUGAAGUUUAUCAUAGAAAAGAAAAGAGAAAAGGAUGCGGCACAGGUACCUAAAGAAUUAAUUAAAUACCCAUCGCCAGAUUUAUCCAGUGCAUCACGCAUACGAUACAUUGCUAUGUAUGAGUAUACAAGUGAUACGGGUGAACCCACCCAUCUUUAUAUCAAUGGCAAAACAUACGACGAACCAGUGACUGAAAUUCCUAGAGUGGGGACUAGCGAGAUAUGGAAUGUGAUCAACCUAACAGAAGACAAUCAUCCACUGCAUAUUCAUUUAGGAGUAUUUAUGGUGUUGGAUCAAACAGAGCUGGUACAUUCGGAGGAGUUCAAAGAAUGUAUGUUAAAAAAGAACGAUGCCAUCAAAUGCCAAGUAAAUAAAUAUGCACGUGGGAAGAAGCUACAUGUGUUGCAGCACGAGAAUGGGUGGAAGAACGUAUACAAGAUGGCGCCUGGAUAUGUGACAAAGAUUAUAGUGAGAUUUAGUUAUAUACAUGCAAAUACAUCAUACUCCUUCGAUGCAACAGAAGAGCCUGGAUAUGUAUAUCAUUGCCAUAUAUUGGAUCAUGAAGACAACAUGAUGAUGAGACCUUUGAAAUUUAUUAUGUAAAUAUUUAUGUUUAUGUUUGCGUAUCGAAUAACUUUUUGUAUUACAGUUAAAUAAAUUAUUGAAUAAAUCAAAUAUUAUGAAUUAUUUCA